GCCUGCGCGAGUCUUCCUGUGUGUGUAACCCAGAGCGGCGGGCUUGGUCUCGCUCAGAGUGCGUGUGUUCUCGCAGGAUGUGGUGAGCGCGAGAGGUGGUGCCGCUCUCAGCUCGCGCGGUGACGGUCGGGACGGAAAGACGUUGCUCGGACAGCAGCUGGAAGACUCGAGCGAGUUAAAGUUCGUCGGGAAGGGCCGGAAAAUCACGGGCCGACGGCCGCUCCAUACAAGGCAAGGUCGGGUGGGGAGCAGUUUAGGGAGCAGCGCCGGUCCAAUCAUCUGCGCUCCCGAGAAGAGCCCGGAACCGAGCGACGCGCGACUCGUUUUGUUUUCUGGCAAAGAUUUGUAAACGUUUGGAGAUGUUUCUGUAGAAGCUCUCUGAGUUGUUUAGGUUUUAGUUUUGUUGUUUGUUUUGGAUUUGUGUAAGUUACUUUGGAGAUGAGUGCGUCAGCGAACGGGCUGGAGCCCAAACCCGCGCCGGCGGUCAGUCAGAACGGACCGGGUUAUGUUCCGCCGAGCCCCACUGAUGUCAAAACACCUGGGCCGGUGCUACCGGACGAGGAGCCGCAGUCCGCGGUCACAGACGCCACGCAGAUGGGGAUCAAGUUCGCCAAGACAUUCCUGCUGAUUUUCCCUAUAUACGUGUUGGGAUAUCUGGAGUUCAGCUUCAGCUGGGUCCUCAUCGUCCUGGCCGCGCUGUUCUGGCUCAGACGGAACCAGGGCAGCAGAUUCGCUCCGGUGAACCGGGCGCUGGCGUUUCUGGAGCAAGAGGAGCGAGCGGUGCGCCAGAACGUCCGGAGCUCAGAGCUGCCUCCGUGGGUUCAUUUUCCAGAUGUGGAGAGAGUGGAGUGGCUCAACAAGACUGUACAUCAGAUGUGGCCAUAUAUUUGUCAGUUUGUAGAUAAAAUCUUCAGAGAGACCAUUGAACCGGCGGUGCAGGGAGCCAAUGCGCACCUUAGUACUUUCACCUUCUCCAAGAUAGACAUGGGGGACAAGCCUCUCAGGGUGGAUGGAGUGAAAGUUUAUACAGAGAAUGUGGAUAAACGACAGAUUAUUAUGGAUCUACAGAUCAGUUUUGUCGGAAACACUGAAAUUGAUGUGGAUAUUAAGAAAUACUAUUGCCGUGCAGGAAUCAAGAGCAUACAGCUUAAUGGUCUGUUGAGGGUCAUCAUGGAGCCAUUGCUGGGAGAUAUGCCACUGAUUGGUGCACUGUCUGUGUUCUUCCUCAAGAAACCUCUGCUGGAUAUAAACUGGACGGGUCUUACAAAUAUGCUGGACAUCCCUGGAAUAAAUGGUUUGUGUGACAGCAUUAUUCAGGAUAUCAUAUACAGUUUUCUUGUGCUGCCAAACAAACUCACUAUUCCACUUGUGAGUGAUGCACAGAUUUCCAAACUCCGCUUCCCCAUGCCAAAGGGUAUUCUGCGGAUUCACUUUCUGGAGGCACAGGACCUGAUAGGGAAGGACACGUUCCUGGGGGGCCUGAUAAAAGGAAAAUCAGACCCGUAUGGUGUCAUUAAGCUGGGUAAUCAGCUCUUCAGAUCCAAAAUCAUCAAAGAGACCGUUAACCCUAAAUGGAACGAAGUUUACGAGGCAUUGGUGUACAAUCAGCCAGGACAGAAUCUGGAGAUUGAGCUUUAUGAUGAGGACCAUGAUAAGGAUGAUUAUUUGGGAAGCCUUACCAUCAAUGUAGAUGAACUAGAAAAGGAACACAAAGUAGAUGAGUGGUUUGUACUUGAUGAUGUUGCUACAGGAAAGCUUCACUUGAAGAUUGAAUGGCUUUCUCUUCUAUCUACAGCUGAUAAACUAGAUGAGGUUUUAGGCAGCAUUAAAGCAGAUAAAGGGCAAGCCAAUGAUGGACUGUCAUCAGCAUUACUGUUAGUGCAUCUGGACUCAGCCAAAAAUCUGCCAAGUGUGUUUGAGGGGCACGUGGGCAGUGGGUGUCUGAGAGAGCGCCGCUCUGCCGGGCUGGUGUUCUGUGAGAACACUUCUGCCCUCUACAGGACAAUGUUUCGCAAUCCUUUAGAAUUCAACAGUGCAGGUCUGAAGAAGGGUACAGUCAAUAAAGCAAUAAAGUCUGGUAAAAAGGUCACCAGUGUGCCCAGUCCAUUCGUCCAGUUUACUGUGGGACACAAGUCCUUCGAGAGCAAGACAAGAUAUAAAACCAAUGAACCACUUUGGGAGGAGGCCUUCACAUUCCUGAUCCACAAUCCAAAGUGUCAAGAACUUGAAGUGGAGGUAAAGGAUGAGAAGCACGAAUGUUCCCUUGGGACGUUUUCUCUUCCUCUGUCAAAGCUCCUGCAGGAGGAUCAGAUGACAAUCAGUCAGCGAUUCCCACUCAGGAACUCAGGACCUGGCUCUACGCUUAAGAUGAAGAUGGCACUUAGGAUCCUCUCCAUGGAUAAGUUGGCAGUAUCAGAUCAGCCGUCCUCAGCUAAGAUCCAUCGCCCUAGCCUCACCCCCAACCCCUCUCCUCAGCGGCCCAAUGUUUCAGAGCCCACCCCAGCAGCCAAAACCCAGCAGCCGACCCCAGCACCCAGAAGCCAACCCACCCCAACACCCUCCCCACGGGUGGAGCCCCUAAUAGACAGCAGGCCGUUAGAGGACUCACCUAUGCGUCUGGCUAAAUCAGGGCGCAGCACGUCUAACCUGGCCAUCUCUGGCUCUGAGCUUCACCUCAACAGCAAAGAGCCGACUCCCAGCAUAGCAUCUGACAUUUCUAACCCCAGCACCGCCCAGGAGCUGCAGAAGGCAAUACAACAAUUACAGAAUGGAGCCUCACCUGGUUUCGCUCCAUUGGGUGAAAUUCAGCUAACCAUCAGACACAGUCCCCAAAGAAACAAGCUAAUUGUCGUGGUACACAGCUGCAGGAAUCUAAUCUCUUCUACUGAAUAUGGUUCUGAUCCAUACGUCCGUUUGUAUUUGCUGCCUGAUAAACGAAGAUCUGGGCGCAGAAAAACAAACACGAUAAAGAAAACAGUAAAUCCGAUCUAUGAUCAAACGUUUGAAUUCAGUGUGUCACUUGUGGAGUUGCACAGAAGAACACUAGAUGUGGCCGUGAAGAAUGGUGGAGGAAUUCUGUCGAAACACAGAGGGCUGCUCGGAAAGGUGUUAGUUGACCUGACCUCUGAGGAUAUAUCAAAGAGCUCAACGCAUUGGUAUGAGCUUUCAGUGGACGGGCUGAAGCGACAGUCCCCUUAAUCGAAGGAACCAACUUCUUUCUGCCUGCACAUAUUGUAUUAAAAAAACAAAAAAAAACAAACAACAAAUCCCUACGCGAGACUAAGAACCUAAGCCAUAUUUAAGCCAUGUGUUUUAGCGGUGGGCAACAUUUGUACAUGUCGGAUCUUCAUAUUUUAUCACUUUUAACAGAUUUACAGUGUGAAAGAAGGGGAAAAACGCUAUCGAUGUUAUGUGCACAGAAUUUGCAAGAGAGAAUGAGAGCGUGAGAGUGUUUAGAGAUUUUUUUAAGUUAAAAAGGUUACGGUUCAGCGGCAUCUGUUGGACUGAUCAGUUGUUUAUGCUUUAAGACUUCUAAACCGAAAGUAGCAAACUCUAACAAUCCGCUAUUUAAUGGUGGAGAGAUUAUAUAAUAUAUAUAUAUAUAUAUAUAUCUGAGCUCAGACUGUAAAUAUAUCCAAGUAAAGGAAUUAUAGUAUUUGGACAAGUUCGAUAAAUACUAACCUUAAGAGUUCUUGUUAAACAAGCACUGGACUCUUUGAAAGUGUUAUAUAUUGUUGUCUUUGUUAAUGCCUACAGAUGCUCCUUUUAGGAGACAAAUUUACCAAAGAAGUACUCUGCUAAUUAUAUAAGUGUGCGUGUGAGUGUGUGAUUAAACCAAAUAUGCACCUAAAUGUUUUUCACACCUAAGUGUUCAUAUAAAUAUAUAUAAAUAUAUAUAUACACACACAUGUUAUGUGUUGUCUGAUGUGGUAUCCACCAUCACAGCACUGGCUGUCAGUGCUUAAACAUGCAUGGGCAGCUAGAGUGUCACAUAACCCUGGACAUCUAAUGCUGCCAUAUCUCUGUGUCUUGUUCAGCCUUUGUAGCACAUUUUCACUCCUUUAAGAACACCUGGUCGCCUCUCACUCACUGCAUCCCAGUUGUGCUUCCUCCGUCAUGUGCAUCUCAGAAUUAUAGAAAUUGUCUUGCGUGUAGGCUGAUAUUAAGUGAAGGUUGUGAUCUGGUCUGCUACGGUGUUACUGAGCUCCGCUUAUGACAUGCAGAUGGUCAAACCUCACACUGUUGAUUUUAUUUCUGUCAGCAAGAAUGUGUUUUUAUUGUAUAAAUUAUUGUGAAUAUUGUUACGACAGAUUUUAUGAUGCUUAUAAUUAUGAUUGAUACUUAUCACGAAAAUCAAACAUAUGCAGUCAGAGCAACUCUCUGUGCUGAGCUUGCCUUAUAGAUGUAUAUAUAUUUUUCCUGUGCCUUAAGACCAACAAUAUACUUACCUUAGAGGAUAUUUGCCAUCAGAUAUAAGAUUGUAAAGUCUCUGUAUUUGAUGAUGUCCACUGUUUUCUUUUCAAUAAACAAUUUAUUCUGUACCGGUAAA